UAUGGAGCGCGGGUCAGUGGCGCGUGUAUAUGGGUCUUUCGUGAAUAUUUUCUCCAAUUUUCUCCUACGCGUCAAACGUAAGGUGUGCAUGAAUUUGCCUGUCUGAUUAACGGGGCCUAUCGCGCGUGUAUGAUGGAUCCGUCGAAAUUGAAAGUGGUGGAGUUGCGAGCCGCACUAAGCGAGCGCGGCCUCGACACCAAGGGCAACAAGCCAGUGCUCGUCGAGCGGCUACGCAAGGCUCUGGAGGAAGAAGCACAGGAGUGUGGUUCAGAUUUGCAAACAGAGAAUAUUGAUGAUACUGCUUUGAAAGAGACACAAGAGAAAGUCGUAGAAGCUACGCGAUCGUCGCAAUCACCACGGACGCCUAAUAGAGCAUCUAGGAGUUCCUCGGUAACGACUCCAACAAAAAUUUCCACGAGAAACGCAUUAAGAGCAUCUACUACUCCAAAUUCUUCAAAACAAUCUACUCCGAACAAAUCUCAGUAUGGCGAGAAAGCAUAUGAGACACUAAUAACAAAUGAAGAAGCUGUAACCCAACAAGAGGAAAUGUCAAAAUUAUCUCCUAAAAAGUGUAAAGAAGAGCAAGAAGAUGAUGCAUCAAAUAUUCUUCAGAACAAAAUUCAUUCAUCUGAUAAAUGUGAGGAGGAAGAGGCAAAACAUGUUAAUAUUUUAGAAGGUAAUAAAUAUCGAGCAAAUAUUUUCCAAGUACCUGUGACAGAACCGUCUGACAAACCUAGUACAAUUGCCUGUGUAGAUCAAUUUUCUAUAACUCAAGAGGCUCACGAAGCAAAGGGAUCUAGUAUAGUUGAAAUUGAUAAAGUUCAACAGUUAGCUGCAGAAAUAAAGGAUAUGAAACAAGAAGAAAAGAUAGAGAUUAAAGAUGAAGUUAAAAUUUCAAUUGAGAAAGAACAUGUUGAACGUAAAAAAGAUAGAUGUAACAUUAAGGAUAAUAUAGACAUUCCGGAAGUUGAACAGCCAACACAUGUGAUACUUGAUCAGGCAGAUGAAACAUGUGAAUCAAAGCAAGAAGAAAAGACUAUUCAUGAUGAUUAUACAGUGCAAGAUAAAAAAAUGGACAUUUCAGCUAAUGUAGAAAAUUUAGAUGAAAAAAUUGAUACUAUUAAUAUCUCACAAGAUAAACAGCAAAAAGCAACAUUAGAUGCAGGAGAAUCAAAUCAAAUGGAAUGCAAUGACAGGAAAAGAAAAAGAUCCCCUAGUCCAGCAGAAGUCCGUCAACUAUCUCCUGUGCCACAGAAAUCAGAGGAUGAACCAGAUCUUGAUGAGUCAACUGUAAUUUUAUCAUGGUAUGACUCAGAUUUGAAUUUAGUUAUCAAUAAAGAUGGAUUUCUUUCUGGUACACCUAUGCAUGAUGGUGAUCUCUGUGAUAUGUGGGCUGGUGCAAGAGCGUCUCAUGGUGUUUCAAAUGGAAAAGUCUAUUAUGAAGUCAGAAUUGUACAACAUUACCCUACUAUCGCAAAAGAUAAGAAACAAUCGCAUAUGCUUAGAAUUGGUUGGUCAGUACCCUCUACAUCCAUGCAACUUGGCGAGGAAAAAUUAAGUUAUGCAUAUACAAGUGCUGGACAACAGGGUACUGACAAGAAGUUCACAGAUUAUGGUUCUCCAUUCGGCAAGGACGAUGUUGUCGGAUGUUAUCUCGACAUGACACCUGAGAGUACCGUAGAAUUGUUUUACACAGUAAAUGGGAAAAACGUUGGAUCUGCAUUUAGUAUCUGCAAAGAGGAACUUGGUGAUAGACCAUUGUUUCCACACAUUCUGAGUAAAAACUGUACGUUUGUUUGCAAUUUUGGCCAAGAGGAGGCAUGGUGUGAGCAAAUCCCAGGCUAUAUUUUAGUGGGUAAUAUCGAAUCCAAGGAUAGAAUUGCGGGUCCACGUAGGCCAAAUGGAAAGGCAGAUUGCGAGGUGAUAAUGAUGUGCGGUUUGCCCGCGGCAGGAAAGACUACCUGGGCAAGGAAGCACGCGGCCGACCAUCCAGAUAAACUAUACAAUAUUUUAGCAGUUCACAAAUUGGUUGAGAAAACUGGGGACGUUGCUCUGUCAGAUAAAGAGCAAAACAUCUGUCAGCGAGAAAUUAUUAUCGACAGAUGCAAUCGCGCACUCGAUCAACUGAUCAACGUAGCAAGUGGUAGAAGACGUAACUAUAUAUUAGACCAGAAGAGCAACAUAUAUUCCUCUGUACAAAGGCGUAAAAUGCGAAAUUUCUGCGGAUAUCAGCGGAAAGCAAUCGUUGUUAUACCAGCAGACGAAGAGUACAAUCAACGUUUGUCGAUGUACAAUACAAUCGAAGGAAAUUCUUUAGUGUCCAAUCUUACGGAAAUGAAAGCAAAUUUCACUGCACCUUCGGUGGGAGAAUUUUUCGAUGCAGUGGAGUGGACCGGUUUUGGUGAGGAAAAAGCUAAGAAGCUCAUUGAGAAAUAUAACAAGGAAGGCAAAGAUGCUAGAUUUAGUCAACAACCACCGGUAAAACAACCACGUCUUGACAAGACUGAGAGUAUCAAAGAAACACGUGAUUCUCGAAACAGUCGAGACACUCGAGACACUCGAGACACUCGAGACACUCGAGAUCGAAGAAAUAGUUAUCAAGAUAGAGGUCGCAAUCCUUCUUGGCGUGGUUCCAAUAUGGGAGGUUGGAGAGGAGAGAGAUCGCAAAGAGGUGGUUACAUGAGGCAUACUGGUGGUUACGGACACCCUCCUGUUCCAUGGAGACUACGAGGACGAGGCGGACCUGCAAUGGUACGAUCGGACAGAAGAAUGGGUGGAGUUGAUAGGAGAUCAGGAAAUGACAGAAAUCGAUCUGUUGCGCCUAGGCAAGGUGGUUGGGGCCCUAUGAGUGGAACUUAUCAAGGAUCACAACAGUCCAGUUGGGGUCAACAGGAUAAUUGGUCAAGUAGCCAAGCUGCAGGAAAUUGGAACCAACAAAGUGGCUGGGGACAACAGUGGGGAGGCGGUUGGAAGGGAUAUGGUCAAGGCACGUACGGUCAAGGUCAGACGGGAUACAAUCAACAUGGAUACGGCAAUGGUAACUGGAAUAGCUGGAAUCAACAGUAUUACAACAACCAGUAUUGGAGUCAACAACAACAGAGUGGGCAGACUACUGCAGCUAGCGGCCAGGCUGAGAUUACAAGCGAAAUGGUUGCAACAACUUCUACCAAUAUGAGCGCAGGAUAUAGUUAUUCACAGGGAUAACAGACUUUUGCGCGAGGACGAGCACGCCCGUACUAAGUACUGCGACAGCAACCACCAUGCAACAGUCUCUCAUUCACAUAAGUAGAAGAAAGAAUUUAUACUACACACGUUGUAUACAUCACGGUAUAUGUAUGUGUUUGACAAACGUUUGAAUUUUUUUGCAAUGUCAUAUACUUGUAGAAUGUUACAUCGACAUAACAGCGGAUACAUGCAGCAUUAUGUUCUUUUAAUUUCAACUAUGAUUCGCACGAUUUUUUCAUCUCGUGCGUAAGGACAUUACAA